AUGCCGCAAAAAAAGGUAAAAUCUGCAAAGAGUGCACGCGCAGCAAGCUCAAGUCCAAAACGACAAGGAUCAAAGAAACGUUCAAAAAGUGCUGUUGAAUCACGAAACACUCAAGUUGAUAUUUUAUCGCCUGCUGCCAUCAUUAACGCCUAUUAUAUUUGUCAUAAUGUUGCCGAUUGUCUUGAUGCAAGAGGUUUUCCAUGGGAAGGAGCGAAAAAAACAAAAAAGAAGAAAAAAAAAAAGAAAUCAUAA